AUGUCUUCCCAAGAGCAAUUGAGAGAUGGAUUGGAACUUGCCGGAAACUUUGCUGAUGAAGAUAAUUGGUACAUAUAUGAACCAAUAGGAAACCCCAACGAAGUUGGAUACCUGCUUGGCUGCCUGCUGUCCUGGUGUCACUGUGUGCUCUACAUCUGGCAGAAGGUGGAAUGUCCUCAGUCACCCAAGAUUUACAGAUAUUAUUCCCUGCUUUCUUACCUUCCUAUCAUUCUGUGCCUCGCCAUGCUGAGCCUUUGGUACCCCAUGAAACUGGUUGAGAGCUUCAAAGGGGACGCCAAGAUGGCGGCAGAGAAGGUUCCAGGAAGCAGCUAUUAUGAAGACUAUUUGAAGCACAUCCUGACUAAAAGAAUACCCAAGAAAAGCAUCAAUGGAGUGAAGCCAAGAAGGCUUUCCAGUCUCCAAUCCUACUUGCGUACAUUUGUAUACACACCCCAGAAAGGUUUCGAGAUCCCACUGAAGCUGGCCCUCUCUCUAGCCAUGGCUGUGAUAGCUGUCUACCAGGUGGCCCUUCUUCUACUUGCAUCCUUCAUCCCCAACAUCCAGAUCAUAAGAGCUGGGAUGACAAAAGAAAUGACAGCACUCUUUGUCCAAUUUGGUAUAAUUCCUUCCAAAAAUCCUGCCAGUAUUCCUGGAGACAAAGAGUUGGCAACGGCUAAGCACUACAUCUGGUCACUAGAAGUGUGCUUCAUCUCGUCCCUGGUCCUCUCCUGCCUGGUGACCUUCUGCAUGUUAAUGAAGUCCAUGGGAAACCACAGGACUAAUCUCCGGUGUCUCUACCAAGGGGCUGUUGAAAAGGUUUUCUAUCGUUCCUGUAAACUCCAACCUUCUCAGCAAUCUCUCGUGUGCUGGAUGCAAUUCACGGGUUUCCAGAUAUCAUUUGCGUGCCUAGCUCUGCUCAUCCAACACAUUGUCUUCUUCAUUUGCAUCGUGUGUUUCACUUUCCUGAUUGUUGUCCCACUGCAGUCUGGCAGCAACAUGCAUCUUUUCAAAAUUGUGGUGAACUUGUGGCCCUUCUGGUUGACCUUGGUUGUUUCAUUCAUCACCCAGAAUCUGCUGGUCCACUACUACUUCCUGGAGCGAGACCAUCUACCCAGAGAGUUGACCAACAGGCGAGCCUUUUACAUUGUGACAUACAUGUUUUUCCCCAUCAAUGUGCUCCUGGGGUUAAUGGCAGGAAUCUGGAGAAUGGUGAUCUCAGCGCUGUACAACAUUGUUCAUUUCUGCCAGCUGGAUGGGAGUCUACUGAGCCGUGGGGUGGAGAGGUUUGAUCCAGGCUACCGUACCUACUGCCAAUAUUUGAAAAUUGAGGUCAGCCAAUCCCACCCAGUAGUGAAAGCCUUUUGCCUCUUGCUUCUCCGCUGGCAAAGCGCCCAAAAUAUGCAGACCCUGCAGCUCAGAGAUGCAGAAGAAGGAAUCAAACUCAUGAAGACCACCAAUUCAGCACCCAAAGCGUCAAAGGGCCAACAGAACCGGGUCCGAUGGUGCCUGGCGUAUACCCUCAUCAACAACCCUUCCCUAUUGCCCUACCGCAAAGGGGCUCUUGUGGAUGCAACAGCUAAUGGGACAAAAGGCAGCCUCACCAAGCCUUGAUGGAACCAGCAAGCUUUCUUGGAAACAAUGGACUCUCCAUCAGGAGAUGAUGGAUGGAUUCCAUCACGAGUUUUCAUCUUGGGGUUCUUCAAGUUCCAUGCCUCUUUCGGGCUUAUGCAUCCUUGACCUGUUUGUAGACUUAGAAGAUGACUGAGGUUUAGUUGUCCUCCCUUCCUUUCCCACCCCACCCCACCUCAGGACAAACAACCCUGGAUGGGCAUGAAACCCAUGCAAAGUUUUGGAAUUGAUCCAAAGCUGGUCUGUUUCUCUCCAUUACAAGAUGUUCCUUAGCAUGUGUCCUCCUGUUUGUUUGUUUUUUAACAUGGGAAACCUGUCAAUGUUGCCUUUUCAUACAUCUUGGGUUCCGAGGCCUCCUGAAGUGCUGGGUGCACCCUAAAUCUUGGGGGCUCACUUUUAGCAAGAAAGAAA